UCUGCGCCUUGCAGUGUCAGCGGUUCCUCAUCUCCAAGGUGGGCGAGGACUGGGUUUUCCUCAUCCUGCUGGGGCUGGUCAUGGCACUGGUCAGCUGGGCCAUGGACUUCGCUAUCGCCACCUGUCUCCAAGCUCAGAAGUGGAUGUAUGGAGGCCUGGACACCAACGUGCUGCUGCAGUACCUGGCCUGGGUCACCUACCCCACUGUGCUCAUCACCUUCUCAGCUGGCUUCACUCAGAUCCUCGCCCCCCAGGCCGUGGGCUCAGGGAUCCCCGAGAUGAAGACCAUCCUGAGGGGCGUUGUGCUGAAGGAGUACCUCACCUUCAAGACCUUUGUGGCCAAGGUGAUCGGACUGACGUGUGCCCUGGGCAGCGGCAUGCCCCUGGGCAAGGAGGGUCCCUUCGUCCACAUCGCCAGCAUGUGCGCAGCUCUGCUCAGCCGCUUCCUCUCCCUCUUUGGGGGCAUCUAUGAGAAUGAGGCAAGGAACAUUGAAAUGCUGGCAGCUGCCUGCGCCGUCGGUGUUGGCUGCUGUUUCGCUGCCCCCAUUGGAGGCGUCCUCUUCAGCAUUGAGGUCACCUCCACCUUCUUUGCUGUCCGCAACUACUGGCGUGGCUUCUUUGCUGCCACCUUCAGCGCCUUCAUCUUCCGUGUCCUCGCCGUUUGGAACAAGGAUGAAGAGACAAUCACGGCACUGUUCAAAACUCGCUUCCGCCUCGACUUCCCCUUCGACCUGCAGGAGCUGCCUGCCUUCGCCGUCAUUGGGAUUGCCAGUGGCUUCGGAGGCGCGCUCUUUGUCUACCUUAACCGCAAGAUCGUACAGUUCAUGCGCCGCCAGAAGACCAUCAACCGCUUCCUCAUGAAGAAGCGCCUGCUCUUCCCUGCCCUGGUGACGCUGAUCAUCUCCACGCUGACCUUCCCGCCCGGCUUUGGACAGUUCAUGGCUGGCCAGCUCACCCAGAAGGACACCCUGGUGACACUCUUCGACAACCAGACAUGGGCCAAGCAGGGACUCAAUGAUGAGUUUGAAUAUUUGGGCAUCCUGGAAGCCUGGCGCCAUCCUCGCUCCAACGUCUUCGUCACCCUUGUUGUCUUCAUCCUCAUGAAGUUCUGGAUGUCAGCCCUGGCCACCACCAUCCCAGUGCCCUGUGGAGCCUUCAUGCCCGUCUUCGUCAUUGGGGCAGCCUUUGGGCGCCUGGUUGGGGAGAGCAUGGCAGCCUGGUUCCCUGACGGCAUCCACACGGACAGCAACACCUACCGCAUUGUGCCAGGAGGCUACGCCGUGGUGGGUCCCAAGAGUGUGGUGGAUGCCCUAGGGGUGGGGACCCAGGGCAGGGAUACAGCCUGGCAGGCAGCACCUGACAACCACCCCCAUAUGUCCUGGGGUGGCCGCAGGGGCUGGGGUGCUGUCACCCAUACGUUGUCCACGGCCGUCAUCGUCUUUGAGCUGACGGGGCAGAUCUCGCACAUCCUGCCUGUCAUGAUUGCUGUGAUCCUGGCCAACGCCGUGCUGGGCUGGGGCCACCACGAGAAAUACAACGUGCGGGUGGAGGACAUCAUGGUGCGGGACAUUCGCUAUGUCACCCUCAACUGCAAGUACCGGGACCUGCAGCAGGUCCUGCACAGCACCAAGAUGAAGAACCUACCACUGGUGGAGUCAGCUG